CGACCAGAGAUCAGUCGGCUCCGUGGCUCUGCGCGCACAAGGUCGUUAUUUAGACAACUCUCGCCCGAACUUGAGGACUAGCCAAAAAGAAAAACAAAAAAAGCCGCUACACAAGUUUUCUAUCGUUCAUCGUCCCAACGAAGAAGAAGAAGAAAGAAAAAAACAAACAAAAUUUAUUCAAAGAACUUUAAAGAAAAAGUUUGGCGGGUUCGGUUGUGUGUCGCACUUGCGCGCACCCCCACCAUCAAAAGGAAAACAAAUCAGCCAUCCGGAAAAAACAACAACACACACAACAACAAAAAAGAAACAAAUCCUCUUUGUUCUUUGAUCUACAACUUCGUUCAAACAAACAGGAUUUUUUUGUUGUUGUUGUUGUUUGUUUUUUUUUUUCUUCAGUUCUGCUUGUUAACCCGUCGAAUCAAAGAACAUCAAAACAAAGUUUGAAGAAAUUGACUUGUGCGUGUGUGUUUGAGUGUGUUGUUUUUUCUUCUUGUUUUUUGUUCUUGAGUGAGAACAAUUGCCUUUCCGUGUGUCGAACCGAUUUGCAGAAAUAUUUCGGUUUAUCUUUUUGACUUGCGGCUGUUUGUCUUUUGAAGACAAAAAAAACCCGCACUUGCCGCUUUGACUUUUUUGGCCCGUUUGGCUUUGGCGUGCGUGACUCCAUAUGUGUGGACGGCGAGUCUUGUAGCCGUUACGGCAAUUUCCGCUGCGUCGCCAUUAGAGUAAAGCCAUCGCUACCUCACCAUUUUGUGGCCAGUUUAUAGUAAUUGCUGUAUAUCAUCAUAACAACCAACCAAACCCAACAACAAAAAUAGUGUUAUUGCAAAGUGGUUUCAAGUGCGCGCGCGUGUUCGCUAUAGAAUUGCACGCAGCACACAACUCUCGUCACAUACACACACAAAAAAACAGAGAGAGACAUUGAAAUUAUGACCACUAUGUCGAGUUAUUCACAGUUCGGCUAUCCGUACAGCGCCGCCUUCACAGACGAUUUUCUUUGAAUUUUGCUUUGAAAUCAGUUAUUGAUGUCGACGGGAAGUCCGUCGGGUGGUGGGCCAGCCUCUUCUUCAUCGUCGUCUUCGUCUUCAUCGUCAUCGGCUGCCGCGUUGGCCGCGUCCGGAGCGGCCAGUCCCGGCGGCGGGGACAGCGUCAACGCUGACGGCCCUACCAGCAAUUUGAACGCCAACGCGUCGUCGGCCGCUGGAUCGGGAGCCGCCUCUCCUUGCUGCGAUUCGGGCCGUCCUUUAGUGACAGAUCCGGUGACAGGCCAAACGGUUUGCUCCUGCCAGUACGAGCGUCUUCAAGCGCUGCAAAAUGGAUUGGCUGCCGGAUACGGUCCGGCGGCUGCCGCCGCUGCGGCUCGACUGGCCGCCGUGUCAUCAGCCGUGACGGGCGUGACUGGCCUUCACGGUGUCUACAGCGCUGCCUACCCAUCGUCCGAUCAAAAUCCGUACCCGAGUCUUGGAAUGGACAGCACAACAGCCUUUUAUUCAUCUCUGACGAAUCCCUAUUCGCUGAAGGAAGCCGGAUCGGGAGGAAGCGACGUAUCGGCCUGGUCGACGGCGCCGGGACUGCACCAGUCAGCGCAGGGCUAUUAUCCUUACGAUCCAGCUCUAGCCGCUUAUGGGUAUGGGGCCAGCUACGACCUGGCCGCCCGUCGGAAGAACGCCACUCGCGAAUCGACGGCGACGCUGAAAGCUUGGCUGUCUGAGCACAAGAAGAACCCGUACCCGACCAAAGGCGAGAAGAUCAUGUUGGCCAUCAUCACCAAGAUGACGCUGACGCAGGUGUCGACCUGGUUCGCCAACGCGCGCCGCCGACUCAAGAAGGAGAACAAGAUGACGUGGGAGCCGAAGAACCGCAACGACGACGACGACGACGACGAUUGCGCAAGCGGACGCAGCGACGAUGAAUCCUCGUCACCGACGCACGGCAAACAGCAACACGGCAAAAAGAUGAAACACUCCAAAAUCGAUAAAGAUGACGGCGAUGACAAGAGCGAUUGCGACGACGACUCACGUGGCUCCGUCUCCCCCCACUCGAUCGGCAGCAAUUCGUUGAACCAUUUGGUUCAUCCGCAUCAUCACCACUUGGUUCACCCGCAACACGGCCACCACCAUCACGGAGGCGACGUGUCCGUCUCGGUGUCCGUCUCCAAUCUGAUGAACAACCCGUACCAUCAUCACCAUCAAAUGGCCGGUUAUCCUUCGUCGGCUCACGGCGGCUCCGUCAUGGACAUGCACCAACAGCAUCAACAGCAAUUGUCUUCUCCGACGUCGUCGUCCUCGUCUUCGGCCAAGCCGAAAAUCUGGUCACUGGCCGACACGGCCGCCUGUAAAACACCACCGCCGCCCAACGGUCACCUGGCCGUCUCCGGUAGCAACGGUGGCGCUGGCAGUCAGAUGAUGGCAGCGGCCAUGAUGCAUCCGGCGGCGGCAGCGGCCGCCGCAGCCGCCGCAGCUCAUCACCACCACUUGGCCUCCGUCGGCCCAGCCAAUCAUCAUUCCUGGUUUUCGGGAGUCAACGGACCGAUUAGCUCCAUGGCCACCAUGACCGGUGGUAGCAGCAUGAUGAACGGCAUGUCCAACAUGGCUGCCAUGAACGCUAAAAUGGCCGCUGGAUUCGGCUCGUACGGUCGCUAUCCGAGUCUGACGGGCUACAGCAACGGGUACGCCGGUUCUUCGUCCAGCGCCGCCUACAACGGAUACACGGACGCCGUUCAGACGGACACGCCGCCGCAGACGCCGCCCAAUUUGAAAUUGAACAGCAGCAACAACCUGGGCCAACACCAGUACCAUCCCUACGUCUCGCCUCAACAACAGCAACAACAACAGCAGCAGCAGCAACAACAACAGUUGAAUCGAUUGAACCCGAUGCACGCGACGCCGUUGCCGCCGACGAUGAGCGCCACCGCGUCGACGGGCGUCGAUUCAGUCCGACAUGCCCAGUCCGGGCUCAUCAUCGCGGACCCAACAUUUGCCUAUGGCCGCGCCCUCCACCACGCCUUCGUCGGCUGUUCCGACCGCCGCGUCCGCCAUGAUGACCGCCCCGCCCGUCUCGCAACACGGUUCGCCCAGCAUCAAUAGUUCAGAAUCAGCGUCGUCUUCGACAGCCUUCCGUCCCGUCUACAGAACGUCUCCUAUUGGUGGAUCGGGCUACGCGUCAUGAUUCGACUCUCGUUCGUUCGCUGCAAUCCAUUCAAUAUGCAAAACAAAAAAAAAUUUAUGAUAAUAAUAAGAGGACGCCAAAAACUCCACCGAAAUUUUGUUUCAUUCAAAAAAAAAAAAUUGCAACAAAGUUCAAUUGAGCCCGGAUAUAUAAUUUGGAAUUCACGGAGAGGAACUACAACAAACGACCUGCGGUAUCAUAACUCACCGGCCAAAUAAGGAGGAAAAACAACAACAACAAAUAAGGGCGUGUGAACCAAAAGACGUACUACUUAUAUAUACAAAAUCUAGCGUAAAUAUAGUAAAUAUUAUUGCGCCAUUCCAACGAGAAGAUGAAACGUUGUGUCAUUUUUUGGUUUUUUUCCGAUCGUGUCGACACAAUCGAAUGAUUGUUUUUUUUUAAAUAUUCUAUAACGCGUGAUGUUUGACGUGUCACCCACUUGUGUCGGAUUCAAAGCAAAAAAACAAAACAAAAAGGCAUAACAAGGAGCAAAACAAAACAAAAGAACCCAGUGCAAUCUCUCUUUGCGUCUCCCUUUGAUAUUUUCAAAUCAGCUGUUUCUGCUUUAAAAUAAUCAUCAUUCGAAGAGAAUAAAUUAGUUUGUGUACAUUCGAUUUUUAGAGAGGAAGAAAAAGAGAAAUUCCCUUUUGCCAUCAAACUCCUGACUCGUUUUUUUUUUUUUUUUCAAUUUGGUUUUCAUUCAUUCGUCCAGACCGAUGCCAUUUUCGUAUAGUGACGUCACACGGGCCGACAUUUAUCCAUCAUGUACAAAUAAAAUAUUUGGAUUUUCUAAAUGCUGAACCCUCCCCCUCCCCCCCACCUUUUCAUCAUAGAAUUGUCGAAACAAAAACAACACACUACAUACAUUUAUAUAUCUGUGAUAGUGUUUAACUAUACAUUAUUACAUAACGCCAUUUGCUUCGUGUCUGUUCUUCUUGAGCGCGUGUCGCCUUUUUCUUUAUGAUUUCGGCCACUCCUUUUGAAAAUGCUUCUUCAAAAAUCUUAAAAAAAAAACAAUUCAAAAAAAAAAAGGGCAAUUAACGCUUCCCCCCACUUCCGAUUAUGAUUAUACAUGUAUUAGUUGUUCACACUGUGUUUUGCACUUGGUUUUGUUUUGCCUGUCUAUAUCGGAAACGGAUGGGAUUGCCGACGUUGCCAUAUGGCGAAUGUAAAAACUAUAUACAGUUGUGCAGUUGAAGAGAAUCAUUUCAAUAGAAACUAUAUAGCCUAUAUAUGUUUUCCUUUCCACUCGCGUAUAUAUUCACAUAUGAUAUUAGAUAUAUACAAACGUUGACGUUGAAAUGACGUGACGCAUUUCCCGGCAAAGCAAAUUCGAGUGCAACCCGUUGUCCUUCUGCUAAAAAAAAACAAAAACAGUUGUCCUAUAUAUAAUACCUUACUCUUGAAAAAAAACCAAACAAGAAAUGAAAAAUGAUUGGGAUAUUAUAUGAUUACAUUUGCAUAUAUAAUUGUUCUCUCCUUUUUCGUAUACACACGUGUGCGCGAAUUGUAUAUAUAUAAAUGUAUUUGAAAACAUCGUGCUGUCCAGUUCGUGUUUUUUGCUUGUUUGUUAGUGUGGUGGUGCAACACACACAGAUUGCAGCGUUUAUAUAUAUUCUAUUUUCUCUCGCUCAAUCGAGUUGCCCCCCUUUCCAAAAGAAAUUGAUUUUUUUUCUUUUUUUUUUUUUUUUUGACAUUAAAGCGCAGGCAACACACACAAAAACACUGAUCCACAUUUCAUUCGAAAUAUAUUAUAGGCUUUUUUGAUGUGUGUGUGUGUCAUCUCUCGUUUACAGUUUGUGCCUCCAAAACGUUUUUCCAUUGUUUUUGUUUUUUCUUUAUCAAAUGCCCCGCCCUUUUCGUUCUCGAAGAAUAUAUAAUCACCUGAUGAUGCUGAAUGUCGAACCGUUGUGCUGUCUGAGCGAUGAAAAUAUAAAAACCAAAUGAACUUUAAA